AUGCCGCGCGCCACAAAGUACACCACGGCUGCCUCGCCGCAGAAGACGCCCAUCAAAGUACCCCUCAACGAUGACCGCCGGGAAAAGGCCAAUCGCCGCCAUGCGCAACAAGAAGCCCAGCGCAACUCGCUGCGGGCUUCAACGGCGACGCCCGCCCGGAAGCGAAUGUCGCUCGCAGCUGGCCAAGACAGUCCCCACACUCCCUCACAGAACCGCGAUGGCAUGCCCGAUGUCACAGGGACGGCUGUGACGCCUGGAAAGCGUGUAAUGCCGCUGCUGGCAAACUUUGAAGAGUGGAUGAAAAUGGCCACGGACAAUAAAAUCAACGCCAACAACUCAUGGAACUUUGCCCUGAUUGACUAUUUUCACGAAAUGUCACUCCUCAAGGAAGGCGAUGGCGUCAACUUCCAGAAGGCGAGUUGCACCCUUGACGGAUGUGUCAAAAUCUACACGAGCAGAGUCGACAGCGUUGCCACUGACACGGGCAAACUCCUGAGUGGACUUGCCGAAAAUGCAAAUAGAAGGCGUCGUGGGGAUGCCGAAGACGGUGAAGAGGGUGAUGACGAUGACGGCGAUGCCGAGGAUGGUGAGGAUGGCCAGAAGAAGCGCAAGAAGAGAGCUGCACGCUCUGCUGAGGCUACUCUUGCGUCGUCUUUUGCUCAGCUGCAAAACAAGAAGAUGGAGCUUGAAUUCUCUGUGGACCCGCUGUUCAAGAAGGCAUCUGCCGACUUCGAUGAGGGGGGUGCAAAAGGCCUGCUACUCAACCAUCUGGCCAUUGACGGAAAAGGCAGGAUUGUCUUUGAUAGCAGCGACGAUGCAGGCGAUGCAACUGCAGAAGACGCGCGUCCAGAUCUGGGCCUUGAGCAACCAAGCCAGCAGCCACAAGGCAUGCAGUCAUCCGACGAUAUUGACAUCAACAUAUCAGCACUGGCUGCCAAGUACUUUCCCAAUUUAUCUCACCUUGACGAGCAGGAUGUAUGCCCUUCAAUGAAAACCUUCGACCUCGGCGAUGUUAAUGGCUCAAUGGACCUUCCCUUCCUCAAGGCUCCCGAUGACUGGCGGGAUGGUGUCAACGAGAAGAAAGAAGAAGAUGAAGAAGAUCCAGGUAAUCGAUCUGGCCUCUUCCUUGACGAUGAAAAUCCAAUGGGCUUCGAUGAUGACGACGUAAAUAUGGGCGGCUUUGACUUACCUCCGGAGACUGGCUUUGGCGAAGGUGGCGAGGUUUGGGCUCGCGAAGCUAUUCGGGACCCACAGGCCCGUGUCCAUACCAUGGGCAUCCAAGACAAUGAUGAAGACGCAGAAGGUGCCGAAGGCGCCGUCAGUACCGACGCGCAAUACGGUGUUUCAAUGGUACACGGUCGCGAUCAAGAACAAGAAAACAUCUUGAGCUAUUUUGACCAAGCCCUCAAAAAGAGUUGGGCAGGACCAGAGCAUUGGCGAAUAUCGCGAGUCAAGCACAUUGGCAAAGCGGCUCCAGCCGUGAAGAGAAAGGAGAAAGAACCCUUUGAGGUGGACUUCACGGCACCCAUGUCCCAGUCAUUGGCAGACAUGCUCUACACGCCUGCAACGUCAAACUCCACCAUAUCCUUGCCAAAAGCACAAUGGAAAUCCAAGUCUCGGAAUCUCCUACCAGAUGACAAGCAUUUCAAUUCUAGGCAGUUACUUCGCUUGUUCCUAAAACCAAAAGCACGCAUGGGAUCGCGGAAAGAAGGCCGGCGAAUGCAGGCUCCAUCCAAUGAGCCUGUACACGGCCACGUCGACGAAGCGUACUGGGCUAACCAGGGCAACGAUGCCGAAGACGGGGCGGCACAGGGCAACUACGAUGCUGACUUCUUCCAAGACGAUGGCCUACCGAUGCCUGGUGGACCGAUUGACGACGACGAUGACUUUGCGGAUGCUCGCGAGCAUUUCUCACCAGCGCCCGAGGCCCCCAACGCCACACAAGCACUGGAUGGGGCCAUGCCGGGCUCACAGGCUGACGCGUAUGGCGCGCAGUUAGUAACACAGAGCCGGAGAUUCCGCCCAGAGUACGUCCAGUACGCCCGGGUGGCCAAGAAGGUGGAUGUAAAGCGAUUGAAGGAUGAGCUGUGGAAGGGCAUUGGCUUUGAAGGCAUUUCCGCUCCUCCUGUACCUGAUGCUGCCGAUGACGCAGCAAACAAGGCAGUAGAUGGCUCCCUGACAUUCACCAAGGUGGUCAAUAGCCUCCAAACCGUCUAUCCCAAGCAGACCAUGGCCGACAUUUCAACCAGCUAUUGCUUCAUUUGCUUGCUGCAUCUUGCCAAUGAGCAGGGGCUUGUCAUUGAGAACCAGGACAACUUUGAGGAUCUUACCAUCCGCAAGGAUUUCACAGCAGAGGUCUAG